AUGAAUAUCGAUGGAUCUGCUCGCAGACAGAUUGCUCAAGAACUCAAAAUUAAUCAAUCAUCACAAUGUCAAAAUGUUGUGGUGUGUUACCAGUCCUUUUAUGAGAAUGGUGCCAUUUCUAUAAUCUUGGAGUACAUGGACGGGGGUUCUCUACCAGAUUUCUUGAAACAUGUCAAAACAAUUCCAGAACCUUGUCUUGCUGCCAUCUGUGCUCAAGAGGAAGUGGUACCUUCAGCAUGA